UGCAGAUCACUUCUUCUCACACUUUCACGUGCUCAGACACUUCAAAAAAGCAGCAGACCUACAAAAAAUGGCCUCCUACACCAUCACAUACUUUCCGAUUAGAGGACGAUGCAGUUCUCUGCGCAUCAUGCUGUCUGACCAGGGUCAGGAGUGGAAGGAAGUUGUUGUAUCCAUUGAUGAGUGGAAAAAGGGAGAUCUAAAGAAAAGCUGUCUUUUUGGACAGUUGCCUAAGUUCCAGGAUGGUGACCUUGUUUUGUUUCAAACAAAUAGCUUUUUGAGGCAUUUGGGCCGCAAACAUGGUGGCUAUGGAAAGAAUGGAAAUGAAGCUGCCAUGAUCGACAUGUUUACCGAUGGAGUAGAAGAGCUACGUAAUAAAUAUGUGAAAAUGAUCUACCAGGAGUAUGAAACUGGCAAAGACGCAUACAUCAAGGACCUGCCAAACCACCUCUCCAUUUUUGAGGGUGUUCUAGAGAAAAGCAAAAGUGGUUUCCUUGUAGGCGAUUCGAUCUCCUUUGCAGACUACAGUCUUUUGGAUGUGUUGUUGAACCACAAGGUGCUGUGCCCCACCUGUCUGGACUCCUUCCCUGCCCUGAAAGGCUUUGUGCAGCGUGUGUCCAGCCGUCCCAAAAUAAAGGCCUACCUUGACUCUGAUGCUUAUAAGAAACUUCCUAUCAAUGGCAAUGGCAAGCAGUAAUGCAGCUGAGCAUUAAUGUUCAAUGUAGAACCUGACUGUCCCUUCACCUGACCAUUGACUGUUUAGCACAGUUUUCAUUUUCCUUUAUUAGGCUAUAUUUUUUAAGAUGUAAUGUUCGGUACUGUGUGCAUCAUUUUUUGAAAAUAAAGUUAAACCAAGGCAUAA